AUGGUUGAGGAUUGCAAAGGUUUUCCAUCCUUCUGGCCACCCUUGAUGUGGGAAUGGGUGGAGCCAGGCAACAGCCCCAAGCUGGGCAUGAUGCUACACUACCUGACUCCAUCCCCAAGACCCCUUAAGGUCUACACUCAGGAAAAGGGGGCACGUAGACACAGUCUCUCCCAUACAAAAAGAUGUAAUGAGUUUGGUCACCCAGAAUGGUUAGACUUCCCCAGACGAGGCAAUAAUGAAAGCUACCAUUAUGCUAGGAGACAGAUUCAUUUAGCUGAUGAUCAACUUCUUCGCUACAGAUUCCUAAAUGCAUUUGACAGAGAUAUGAACAAAUUGGAAGAAAGAUGUGGCUGGCUUUCAUCUCCACAGGCUUAUGUGAGUGAAAAACAUGAAUCAAACAAAGUCAUUGCUUUUGAGAGAGCGAGUCUCCUGUUUAUAUUCAAUUUCCACCCAUCUAAAAGCUUUACAGAUUACAGAGUGGGUGUACAAACACCAGGAAAGUAUAAAAUUGCACUGGAUUCUGAUGCACCAGAAUAUGGAGGACAUAACAGACUGGAUCAUAAUACAGAAUUCUUCACUCAGCAGUUUUCACAUAACUAUCGUGCCAAUUCAAUUUUGCAGCCCAAUUCACAGAGUGAAAAAGAAGGCCAGUCCCGAGGACAGCAGCACAAACACCACCUGGAGGUAUACAUUCCAAGCAGGGUGGCCAUUGUUCUUGAGAAUAUGGAUCUCACAAAAUGAAAACUUCCAACUCAUGACUAGAUAUUUCUCUUCAAGUGCAAGGCAGGAAUUUGGUGACAGAGGUAAUCCGGAUUUACCGUUUGGCUAUAUGAAAAUUUUCUAUAUGAAGAUAUGUUAAUUCAAAGAUAUUCAAAUAUGUGUUUAUUAUUUAUUUAUGAUUAAAAGCUGUCAUUUUGUGAAAUACUUAGGAUGGAAAAACAUGUAUUAGUUAACUGGAAAACUCCUUGUUCUAGCUCUUACAUUACAGAAUCAGACUUCAAAAAAGCUGCCAUCCUUGAAUAUUAUGUCCCAUUUCAACAAUUUGCUCCAAUCCAGUAUAUAAGUUUGUAUUUCAUUAGACAAUAAUUUUAUAUUCCAAAUACUUAUAACUAGUUUUUUUGUUGCCACCAGGGCAGCCUUAUAAACCUCUUGGAGUCUCUGGAUUCCAAAUUUAAAAGGUGCUUAGAGAUUUUCUGCUUUAAACCAAUGACAAGAAAAAGGUUUUGCACUUAAGGUUUUUGGGAGCUGUGAAAUCGAAGAGACUGGCAAUGAAAUGGCUUUUAUUGAGGUCAUUCUGUAAGGCCAUAGAUAAUUCAUUUAAAAUGUGUCUAAGUUUGUAUGAAAAGCAUGUUACAGUAAACAUUAACUUUUGUUCUACAGAGUAUAUUGGAAUUUCCAUUGAAAAUUAUGUUUUCUAAAUUAGAUUUUUGAAAAUAAAUGAAACUAAGUACCUUGAGAAUAAUGUCCUGGGAGGUCUUGGACAAUGAAGGCAAAGUCAUCUAGGAUUAUAAAGGCCCCACACUUCUUAGAAAUAUUAUAAAAAGUUAUCAUGCCAUCUCACUAGUGCUAUGGGAAAUAGCUCAGAUGGAACCACAAAACAUGUAAAUUUGCCAUAAUCGCAAAAGGUAUGAUGUUGCAUAUUUUAAUGGAAAACAUACAUUUUGAUAUUUAGAAAUAAAUAGUGAUGAAAAUGUAUUUUCAUCAAGCUAGGUAAUGACUUAGAAUGAUGGUUUAAACAAUGUAUUGUUUGCAAGCUGUGAUAUCAUUUCAUGAAAAUUAUUUCUUUUUGGAUUCUGAAAUUAUGGAAUUAAAAUUUUACACAGUUGUGGAAAGAUUAUGUAUGGAAUCACAUUGUGUAUGGAAUUAUGUUUAGAAUCACAAAGUUCUUUAAGUUUGUUAUAUGGUCAGUGUUUGAUAUGUAGUCAUAAUAAAAGUAUACACCAAAUAAAAUCUCUACAAAAGAAAUUACUAUUGAGCAGUUCUUUAAUUAUCCAUCUUUAUCUCAUUUUGUAAACUUCAAAGUACAUAGGCCAGUAUUCACUUUACACUUGUGAUACAAAUUUCCUUGCUAUAAUUGUUACCAUGAUGGUCAUUUUAGACCAAGCUUAUGUACUCAAAUUGUGCUUUAGCAUAGCAGCAUGGGACCUGCUUUCCUGUAGCCUCCUUCCCAGACCAGAGCCAAAUGGCUUCUUCCAUGGUAGUAUCUUCCUCAGGAGAACUUCAAUCUGCCAACACAACUAUUACCAGAGUAGUAUAAGUGGAAGAUACAAGGAGGUGUUACCAAAGCAACAGUAACAAUGUGUUAAUUAACUGUGAGAAUCUCUUGCAUGAUCUCACAAAUAGCUUUUAAAGCUCUCAACAAUUCAGAGUAUCCAUACAUUUAGCUUCUUCUGUUGUAAUCAGUUCACGAUAUCUGGGGAACAGCAUGUGGCCAAGUAUUGAGUCAUAUCCCAGUUUUUCAUAUACCAUUUUGUUAACUAUGAGCUAUAUACUUUACUAUUUCUACCUUUUAAACCACAAUCAAUCAGUAAUUAUUUUCCAUCCUUUAAAUAUGGAGGUGAGAUAAACAUUUCUAAACAUCUGUGCAGUGGUGGGAUUUGGCAGCAGAACCAAUUGUUAAAAUGGUGCUUGUAAACAACCAGUUGUUAAAUUAUUUCAAUCCCAGAACUGCAUCUGUGGCAUAUUUAUGUUAAUGGUUUUAUUAAUACGUUAUGAAUACGUUGCUGACCUUGUUCUGGGCUUGUGAAUACAGUGCAAGGCAACUGUCCAUAUCAAAACUUCUGUGUGAGAAAAGCAAUAAAUAUGUAAUGUGAUUACAAACGACAAGAUUGUAAGAUUGCAAAUAAACUCCAAUGUAAGAAAUUG